GUUGGGUUUGGAUCAUCGCCGCCUCUCACCGCAGGACUCGGCGCCGCUUAACUCAACGCGAAGAACAGAGAGGUUUCGGCGGUGCAGGUGAUGUAACCCUGCUCGCGUUCAGCUCCACAACUCUUCAUCACUGCAGCUUCUCAUCACAGAGCAAUGGGUCCCUUCAAACUCUGAAGUGAGCGUCAAAUCACACAAGGAGUGGAAAGAAAAAGAACAAGAGAGCAGAGGAACAAUGGAGUCCACGUCGUCGGAGCAGUUGGCCACAGUGGACGCGCUGGUGGAAUCGUGCAUCCAAGCCUUUGAUGAGAAGGGCUGUUUGAAGGACACUCCCUUGGUCCGUAUGUUCCUCAUGAUGCACCCUUGGUACAUCCCUUCCACUGACAUGGCCAAGAAGCUGGUGCUCAAGUCCCAAGAGGAGAGCUGCACUGCCGAGCGCCGAACAAGAAUAUGCCACCUUGUAAAGUACUGGAUCUCCGAGUUUCCAGCAGAGUUCAAUCUGAACUCGGAGCUGGCAGACCAGAUCAAAGACUAUAAAGACCUCUUGACCACUGAGGGCAACGAGCGUCAGAGUCAGCUCAUUGACCUCGACAGUGUGCCUUCGUAUAAAUGGAAACGGCAGGUGACGCAGCGUGUUCCGUCGGUGUCCAAAAAGAGGAAAAUGUCCCUCCUCUUUGACCACCUCGACUCCUGCGAGCUGGCAGAGCACCUGACCUUCCUCGAGUACAAAUCCUUCUGCAAGAUCCUGUUUCAGGACUACCACAGCUUUGUGAUGCACGGCUGCACGGUGGAUAACCCCAUCCUGGAGCGCUUCAUCACGCUCUUCAACAGCGUUUCCCAGUGGAUUCAGCUCAUGGUGCUCAGCAAACCCACAGCCCCACAGAGAGCCGCCGUCAUCGCCCACUUCAUCAGGGUGGCACAGAAACUGCUGCAGUUGCAGAACUUCAACACCCUGAUGGCGGUGGUGGGCGGCCUCAGCAACAGCUCCAUCUCCCGCCUCAAAGACACGCAGGGCCACAUCAGCGCCGAGACCAACAAGGUUUUUAACAACCUCAUUGAACUGGUGACGUCGUGCGGGAACUACAGCCAGUACCGCAAGCGCUUCUCGGAGUGCUCGGGCUUCCGUUUCCCCAUUCUCGGGGUGCACCUGAAAGACCUGAUAGCCGUGCACGUGGCCCUGCCGGACUGGGUGGACAAAGAGAAGACCCGGGUGAACCUGGCCAAGACGCAGCAGCUGUACGCCAUCCUCCAAGAGCUGGCGCUCAUCCAGACGACGCCUCCUCACGUCGAUGCCAACACGGAUCUGCUCAACCUGCUCACGGUCUCUCUGGACCAGUACCACACAGAGGAGGAGAUUUACCAGAUGUCUCUGCAGAGAGAACCACGAAAGCCAGUGCAGAACUCCAGCCCCGGGCCGGCGCCUGAUCCCAAGCCUACAAUGAUCGACGAGUGGGCCGUGUCAGUGAAGCCCAACGCUGACCCGACCAUCAUCAAGAAACACAUAGAGAAGAUGGUGGAGUCUGUCUUCAAAAACUUUGACGCUGACGGCGACGGCCACAUAUCCAGGGAGGAAUUCGAAGCAAUCCGGAACAACUUCCCUUACCUCAGCAAGUUUGGAGAGCUGGACAAGAACCAAGACGGCAAAAUCAGCAGAGAGGAGAUGAUCGAUUACUUCAUGAAAGCCAGCUCUCUGCUGAACUGCAAGAUGGGUUUCAUCCACACCUUCGCCGAGGCCACCUACGUCAAGCCCACAUUCUGUGAGCACUGCGCUGGCUUUAUAUGGGGCUUUUACAAGCAGGGCUACAAGUGUAAAGCCUGUGGGGUGAACUGCCACAAGGCCUGCCGCAGCCGCCUGGCUGUCGAAUGCCGGAAGAGGACCAAGAGCAUCAGCCAUGAGACGCCGCCAGCUCUACAGGCCAGAUCCUACAGCUUCCCUCCGCCUGCCAACACCCCGCCCAGCUUACAGAACACAGUCAUUGUUGAAGAGGAUAUAGAGACAGUGGAGGAAGGAGUGUUUGAUGUCCACCUAUAACCAGGAGCCGUGAACUGAACGUGUUCUUUGCAUGGAGGAGCCGGCGCCAGUGUCCACCUCGCUCUAUUUUAAAAAUCCUUCCAACGGUUCGUGUGCAAGAGGCCAAAUCAGCAACUGCUGGGAGCUGCAGACUCAGACUGUUCUGCAGAGUGUGUCAGUGUGUGAGUGUGCGUGAGUGUGUGUGUGUGUGUGUGCGUGUGUGUGUGUGAGGAGACACUGCACUGAACACAAAAACCAGGAUACCUACAUGGUGCCACACAGUGGACACACACUGCAACAGCGACUCCACAGAAUGUCUUUGUGGUGUAAAAAAAUCUCUACAUUUCAAUAGCAUUCCAGCCAAGUGUUAACGUUACUAUAUGUAUUGUUUAAUCCACAAUAUUGUAUUUUCUUGAUGAAAUGUUUAAAGUCAGUAGAAUCUAUCUAUUUGAGCACUUUUCUGCAGACUGGAGCGCUCGUCUACUCUUUGGUCACAACAUAAUAGAGGUGCUGUUAUUGCCAAGAAUGUAAACCUGUCGCCCCCGUACUAAGCCUCCGUCGUCAUCUGAGAAUCUCUGCUUUGUUAUUGUCCAUCAUCCUGUUUUUGAAAAUACAUUUCAGUGGACCAAUUUUGAUGUCGUGUAUAUAAUACUGUUGACGGCGACGAAACCAACCAUUUUGCAAAGAGCAAAACGACUGUGGGGGACGGUGGGGUCGGGGGACGUUGAUGAGCAUCAUAUUUUUGUCAUGUUUUCCUGAAUAUCAGUAACUGUCCUAUAGUUCUUGCUGUUGUGAUGUUUUCAGUAUACAGUGCUGUCUUGUAUCGGUGCACUGAUGGUCUCUCCUUGUAGCAGAAACGGUGACGCGCUGCUGUCACACGAAGAAGAACCCACUCCGGAAAGCUUAAAUACAAUAUAUUUAAAGUGAAUAUUUUGUAUUUUAUAUUCGGUAUCUUUUGGUUUGUGGACAGAAAAAUGUUUUAUAAACCAAACUAACUGAUUCAUUGAGAGUAUAAUUGAUGGAUCAGUCGGUACAACAAUGAAAAUAAUGAUUAGUUGGAGCCCUGCAUUAAAACUGGAGGCUUUUUGUGCGACAGCAGCAAACCCAUUAUCCUGAGAAUCUGUGUUCAAGUUGAAUUUUUAGUGUUUCUUUUUUUUUUUUAUCCUGCAUGCUUCUCCCCCUUCAUGCCUCUAUUCUCUACUCCAGACUUCUUACUGAGCAUUUCUUAUUUUAAUGUCGCAUGCCAAGUUCUCUUUCAUUUAAAACGUGAGGUCUUGGAAGUUCCAGAGCUGAAAAGGACGACGCUUACGGUCUAAAAUGGUCUGAUACUUUGUGCCCGUGUGUGGAGAAUUCAGACCUCGAGUGCCAUAGUGUUACCUGCUGGUUUGUCAUUGAAUGAGACUAUCACACUGCUGGUAUUUAUUUUUCUGUAUAAAAAGCGAAACAGCUGCCAGUCCUUCUGUGUCACUCACUGCCUGAAGAAGGAUAUUUGUUUGUUUGUUGUUCCUUGAAUGAAUCUUUGAGACUGAUGUCCAUGCUGCAUUCUUGUGGACCCCAGACAUUAGUUUUCUGUUCUGUUCAAGAAUUUCUGUACCUAAUAAGAAUGUUACUGAAAGAAA